AUGCUGAGCGCCACUCGCCUGUUUUGCCGCACAGUGUUUGGCUUCACAGUAUUUAUAAGUAUAAUUGAUAGGUGUAAUGUUCUGGUCCAUGUAGACCAGCAGGCCUGCUCUCUGCUGAGGGCUGCUCUGCUCUCCAUCCUGCUGUGCGGCCCCCAACAUGCGCUGUCAGACUCAGACGAGGCGGCCUUGACUGAGUGGGAGGUCUGGAAAAGCAGCCACGGCAUAAGUUACGAUGAAUCUGACGACAUGCACAGGAGGGCCAUCUGGGAGGAGAACAAGCGGUUGAUUGAAGACAGUAAUCAAGGGUUUUUCAUGGGAAUGAGGCCUUUCUCUAUGGCCAUGAAUAAAUACGGAGACCUCACAAAACAAGAAUACCAGAUUUUGCAAGGUGCCAACAUAAACGCCCAGUUCGUAAGGAGAGGAAGGGAGGUCUCAGCCUGGAGACUGCGUCACAAUGCAAAGAAGUUUGAUUCCUGGUUUGUCGACUACAGAAAAAUGGGUUACGUCACUGAAGUUAAAGAUCAGGGUUACUGUGGCUCAUGCUGGGCCUUCAGCACUACAGGAGCUAUAGAGGGGCAAAUAUACAAGAAGACAGGUCAGUUGGUAUCUCUGAGUGAGCAAAACCUAGUGGACUGCUCCAAACAGUAUGGUACUUAUGGGUGCAGCGGUGCCUGGAUGGCCAAUGCCUACGACUAUGUGGUGAACAACGGGCUGCAGUCGACAAGCACCUACCCAUACACCUCAGUGGACACCCAGCCCUGUUACUACGACAGCAGACUUGCAGUUGCUCACAUCAGAGACUACAGGUUCAUACCCAAAGGAGAUGAACAGGCGUUGGCUGAUGCUGUGGCAACUAUCGGGCCCAUCACAGUAGCCAUCGACGCAGAUCAUUCCAGUUUCCUCUUCUACAGCUCAGGAAUAUACGACGAGCCCAACUGUAACCCAAAUAACCUGAGUCAUGCAGUGCUGCUGGUCGGUUACGGUUCAGAAGACGACCAAGACUACUGGAUCGUCAAAAACAGUUGGGGAUCCAGCUGGGGUGAAGGCGGUUACAUGCGACUGAUCCGGGAUGGCAGAAACACUUGUGGCAUUGCCAGCUACGCCUUGUACCCUAUUCUGUGAUUGUGAUGCGAUGCUGCAGUGCUAAUGCCCUUCCACUGGACUGGAGGUCCAGAAAACAUUAGUCAGUGCUGAUGCAAGUCAUCUUUGUACUCCUAUCAUGCAUAUUUUAUCAACCUUUCUGACAGUAUAGCUAAAUGUUUGUGCAAAGAUUCACAUCAACCUUUGAACAUGGUUUCUCUCAGGGAUGUAGAACACACACUCAAGCCUGGGUGGCUCAAUAUUCAUAUAAAAUUAGCCUUUAAAUGGUUGGUCAAAGUUGUCAAGUGCAGCUUAAAUAAGUUGGUAACAGCAGAAUAUUCAUGGACCCAGUAGCUCAACCACAUUAUGUGGACUAUUAUAUAGCACAUCUGACCAAGCAAUUUGUUUGUUAUCUACACUAUCUGUUUUGCAUUAAUAAAUUAACAAUUAAAUAAGUAAAAUAAAUCAGACAUUUAAAUGAGAUGCAAUUAUCCAUUUGCAAAAGCAAUGAUUAACAAAAAUUAAGAACAAAAGACAAACAGGGUGAAGUAAGUGUUAAACCCAUUUUUGAUUCAAAUCAUUUUGAUUGGGCAUUUUGAAUAAAGAAAGUGAAGUUUUGACAGCGGUAACAACACACCUCCAUGAACAAACUGCUCAAUUCAAUACACACCAAACAAGACAAACUGGCAUAUUUUGUGUAACAAGUCAGUUCACCAACUUUAGGACUUUUCUCCACUUUGCCUUGUUUAAAAGUUCAGGAUUUAGCUUUAUUUUGCAAAGGUCUGGUCACCUUCAUGGCAGAAUCCUAACAACUGCUGGCCUGACCCACCAGGACACUGUAAUAUAUGCAAAAUUUUCAAGUUAAAUUUGAUUAAUUUUGACAGUUAACCUUUACCAAGCUGACAAUUCUGACCUCUAAAGAAAUGGAAAGCUGGAGAGUCCAAAAUAGGCAGCUGUGUCAACAAAUUCACUUUUAUCUAACCUCCUCUGUCAAAGUGUUUCACCAACAGUUUGCAUCACUGUGAGCCAGUUUUCAAUUAGCAAAUGAACCUUUCCUCCUCUUUAGUAAAACUCUUUCGAAUGACAUGGUUAUUUCUUCGUAUCAAUAAUAUAAUUAAUAUUGCCUAGUUUGUAGAAUAGGGUCUAACUAGACUGUUGUUUUUAUUGGAAUUGACAUCUCCUCGGGCUGUCCACUUGAUAACCAAAUUGUAGUUUUUGGCGACUGUUUUUUGGCCAGGUGUACAAUGUCUGACAGAUGUUUGGAUUUGCAGCCAUGUUGAUUUUGUAAAUUGUACAAAAUACAAUAAAUCAGUCUCUCUGCAUGUCGA